AUGUAUGAAACGGACGCCGCCCCCAACUGCGCCAUCUGCAAUGCGCCUCCCUACCCCGAAUGCUCCUGCGAGUCGGAGCGCCUGCAAAUUGCCGUCAAGCAGGCCGAGCAGCGUGCCAUGGACGACCGCCUGGCCGAGAUACGAGACUGGGUCAUCAACCAUGCGCGCCGCCAUAUCCUGAAUGCCUUUGAGCGCUUGACGUCAACUCGCAAGCAGGCACACAUGACAUACCUCUCCUCUCUCCCACACUACGAAAUUUACAUGCGCUACUCGGGUCAUCCGCCACUGCACCCCAUGUACAUCGCGACGCUCCAGCAACAGAUUUCCGAGGCCCACGCAGAUCUCAAGCGCGGCAUCGACGCCGACUGGAGAGCAUCGGUUCUUCGCUACCCAGAAGUCCUGGAUUACUUCUACAGCCUCGUUGACCUCAGGCUGCCAGAUGACAAUUCCCGACAGGUGGUGGAGCCGCCUUUUGCCGCUGCAGGCUACACAGAUGUAGGUUAUGGCGUCAAGGAAAAGAAGAAGAAGCGGCGAGACAGAGAAGGCUCCGUGGCACAUGGAAGCAUGGCAGUCAACAGAGUAGCGCAUGGACCGCCCCCAGCUCCAGCACCGCCAGGCCAACACGUGGGAUUCCCUCGCGGGUCUGGACAGUUCCAAUACUAGGUUUGCAUCAUACAGAGACGUUGCACAUGCAGAAAAGCCUGGAAGAAUGUCUCAGCAUCAUGAUAAGGUUGUCUGUAAGCGUCACUGCUCGACUGCGGUGGCAUGGAAUGAGUUGCGACUGGACGCAUGUCUUCAUCCUCUAUGGACACGUCCAGGAAUCAGCAUAGCGAGGAGUACUUCUUUUUGGGUUUCCUAUGUCGCACUGUAACCAGGAUGAGAAACUGUAAACAUUAGAAACUUGAGUAAAUCAGAAUUUGAUAAUUUCAAC